AGAUGAGGUCGGGUCUGUUAUGGGUCGCUGCUCUGUUAAGCGUCGUUUCUGCUAAGGCACAAUACCCUGAUGGCUUUCCAGUAUCUACGCGAGUCAGAAGAGAUGUAAAUAUGCAGCAUGGCUGUAAUAAAUGUUUGUACUUUCCUGGCAGGCUGAGAGUGUGCAUCUAUUUCCCCUGCACACCACCUCAUGCAGACGUCAAGAACUGCGUAUGGUGCAAACAAUUUGGGCCACAUAAAGUAUGCGUCCAGUACACGUGUUUAACCAAUGUUAAUGGUGGUAAAGAAUGCACACCUGGCUCGUCAUAUCUACACAGAUGCAACAUCUGCACAUGCGGGAAAAAGCCGAACGAUGAGGAAUCGACGUGCAGCAACAACUUCUGCCGUGGUGACGUUCCUGCAUACCCAGAGGUGAAAAGCGGCCUGCAGUGCGGGCAGAGUCUAGUGCGCGAUGAGUCGGCAACUUUCACCUGGAGCGAGACGGCGGGCUCUCUGCUGAAGGUGAACAUCCGAAUACUGUCCUUGUGCGGCGCGUGGCCGCUGUCCGAGUCCGCGCUGGCGUACGCCUACGUCGGCGGCGUGCUGCUGGCGAGCCUCGCCAAUAUGGCCGAGGCCGCCCUGGGCGUCGCCUUCGGACAGGCCGGCAUGGACGAGGUCACGCUGGUGCUGCCCAACACGCUGACCACGGCCUGCGGCGUCGCCAAGCUGGCCUUCUUCCUGGGCGACCGCCGGCGCUACUUCGCCCUGGUGCGGCGCACGGACCGCCUGGCGGCCCCACAGGAGGGGCUGGCGGCGGGGGCGGCCGAGGCCGUGGGCCGCCGAGUGCGCGCCUUCGCGCUCUUCCUGGUCGCACUCGUCUGCGUCCAGGCCGUCGUCUGGUUCCCCAUGCCGCUCAUCGCCAGCCCGGGAGAGAGGAAACUGCCGUUCGGGCAGCUACCCUGGAGCAACUACACACAGGUGCCAUUGUACGAGCUAUCAUACGCACUGCAGUGCGUCUCGAGUUUCACCAUAGCCAACAUCACCCUCGGCUUCGACUGCCUCUUCAUGGGGAUCAUGGAGUUGACGGCGUUGCAGCUGGACUUGCUGAGCUUACGGUUGAGCAGCUUGCGUCUCGACGAAGCGGCCUGCAGCAGCGAGAAGAGUCGCGGGCGUGGCUGCGUGGCUCAGACGGCCGAAGCUGGCGACGGCGCCCACAGGGAGCUGUGCCUCUGCAUCCAGCGGCACCAGGAGAUCAUCAGGUUUACCAGAUACUUGGAAGAAAUGAUGAGUCCCAUUGCAAUGACGCAAUUCAUGUUUAGCGUCUUGUCCGUCUGCGUUCUGCUGUUUCAGGCAACAUAUAGCGACGACUUCAGCGCCGUGUUUCGGUGUGUGGCUUUCCUGCCCCUGCCUGGCGGCCAGAUGUACAUCUACUGCUGGGCUGCUCAUCGCAUCACUGAGAAGGCGGAGGCGCUGUCGGUGGCGGCGUACAGCUGCCAGUGGGUGGAGGCCGGCAGGCGCUUCAAGCGCUCCCUGGCGAUCGUCAUCUUCCGGGCGCAGCAGCAGCUCGUCGUCACCGCCGGCCAUCUCUACCCAGUCAACAGGACCACCUUUGUCUCGCUUGUGAAUGCAUCUUACUCGUAUUAUGCGCUGCUGGGACAGAUCAACAAGCGUUGAUGGGUGGCUUCUUCUGUGAGAAUGUUCCACAAUGAAGAUGAAUAUGGACUUAACGAUCUCUGCAAGCAGUAUGUGUUAGGAAUCUACUCAUUUCGCUGGUCAUUAUGCAAAGAAUGAAACUAUCUGAGAACUGUAUUACUUACCCUUGUAAAUCAUCGUUAGAAAAACUUCUGUAAACACUUAAGCCUUUGUAGAUUAUUGUGUUGAAUAUAUUAUUAGUAAGCCUAAUAGGACUAGAGAGAGUACUGCAUCAUUUCCAGUUUGUUUAAUAUGAUUGUAUAUGCACUG